AGGACAGGAAUAAGAGUGUUACUGGAGGAGGAGUGAAGAGAGAGGGGAAGCAUCAUGUACCAUCAAAAACCAUCAUGGAACCAGUUCUUCUUCAACUGGAGAUAACAAUGUGUGAUGCGUCUGGACCUCUGGAGCCCCUCUACUGAACAACUAGACCUCACACACUAAAUUGUCUGGACUUGAUGAAUUUUCAGCUGGAAGACAGACUUUUUAUCUUUCUGGAAAAUACACAAAGGAAGCUCGGUUUGGCCCAGUGUACCUAAACAAAAAGUGGGAAUUUAACAAUAGCUUUGUCAAGUCAAACAACUGGUCAACCUGUUUGGUGACAGUUGAGACACACAAACACACCAUGGGACAUCCACAUAUGGCGACAUCAGAGAUAGAAACGGAGGUUUUGAAUAAAUGAUGGCCGCCAACACCGGCCCCAUGAUAGCCUCUCUGCCACAUCACGUGACAAAUCUCACCUCAACAGAGCCCAAUCCUACGGUCCCUGCCGACCUAGGCGUUGUCACCAGCUCCCAGUCUCAGAUCAAAGACCUUGUCGGGUUGUUCUGCAUGGUGACCCUUAACCUCAUUGCUUUGUUGGCCAACACUGGUGUUAUGGUGGCCAUCGCUCGUGCUCCUCACCUGAAGAGGUUUGCUUUUGUGUGCCACCUUUGUGCAGUGGACCUGCUGUGUGCCAUCCUCCUCAUGCCCUUGGGUAUCAUAUCCAGUUCAGCGUUCUUUGGCACCGUGGUGUUUACAGUCCUGGAGUGUCAGGUUUACAUUUUUCUCAAUGUUUUCCUCAUCUGUCUCUCCAUUCUCACCAUCACAGCCAUCAGUGUGGAACGUUACUUUUAUAUCGUACACCCAAUGCGUUAUGAAGUCAAGAUGACCAUAAACCUCGCUAUUGGUGUCAUGCUCCUGAUCUGGGUGAAGUCAGUCCUCUUGGCUAUGGUCCCACUGUUCGGAUGGCCAGCUUAUGGACCCCAGAGCUCUAUUGCUGCAGCUCACUGCUCUCUCCACGCUAGCCACAGUCGUCUCAGAAGUGUAUUUUCUGUGCUCUUUAGUGUGGCUUGUUUUCUGUUUCCUGCAGUGGUCAUUUUUGGUGUUUACUGUGCCGUGUACAAGGUAGCUCGCUCCGCAGCCAAGCAGCAAGUGCCUGCUGUGCCAGCGUGGGCAAAUGCAAGCCUUGCUAAAAAUCGCUCAGACUCCAUUAACAGCCAGACCACCAUGAUCACCACCACACGCUCCCUGCCCCAAAGACUGUCUCCUGAGAGGGCCUUCAGUGGAGGAAAGGCUGCCCUAACAUUGGUAUUAAUUGUUGGUCAGUUCUUUGUUUGUUGGUUACCCUACUUCAUCUUCCACAUGCAGAUGUCUCUGACUGGCUCCAUGAAAAGCCCCGGGGAUUUGGAGGAGGCAGUCACUUGGCUGGCCUAUUCCUCUUUUGCCAUCAACCCGUUCUUUUACGGACUGUUGAACAGACAGAUCAGAGAAGAGCUAGUAAAGUUUCGGCGCUGUUGCUUGACCCAGCCGGCAGAUUUUGGGACAUCCAGCCAUGAAGGCUCCCUUCAGGAGAAUUUCCUUCAGUUCAUCCAGAGAACCAGCAGCAGCAAAGCUGAAACCCCAUCCAGCUGUGCCAACUCAAACCCCAGAAACACUGCGGACCAGGGGAGUAAGAUCCCUGGACAAAUUCCUGAGGAGCAUGCCUAGACAUUGACCAACAUCAGUGAUGGACCACCGUGCUAUUAUAUGGAUUAUAUGUUUUUAUUUUUUUUAUGUAAGCAGGACAUUUUCAUAUUGGAAGCUUCAUAAUUUAAGAAGUUUAGGAUUAUUUUGACUUUGAAAUUAUUAUUGAUCACUGGAACACCUUCUCCUAUCCAUUCUGGCAACAAGGAGGUCAUUUCUUAAAUAAUUUAAAAUGUUAUGAUACAAAUGAAAUCUCUUAUUUCACGAGUGUCUGUGGUUGCUCUCAUAUUGCAUCAUAUGCAAUGUGACCUUUGCACAAGAAUCCAUUGAUAUGUAUAUUAAAAUGAUCCCUUGUUUUACCUGAAGUGAUAAAGGUCAAAAUUCCAAGCCAUUGUUUGUUGCAAAAAUCCCGACUUGUUUUGGAAGACUUGGUCUGCUGAAGCCAUUACAUCCAGUUAAUAUUAAUGUUAUUUCUUAAAUAAUAUACAUCUAUAAAGCUUUUAGAAAGGCACAGAAUAAAUAUAUUGCUUUGCCUGAAAUAAAAAAUAUUAAGAUUGUUAAUCGAUUAUUGUAAACAUGUUGUCAGGUCCAAAAUGUUCAAUUCAGGGAGGCUUUUUAUCAUUUUAGGUCAAGGUGCUAUGAUUUUACUGAAACAUGAAAUAUUGAAAUGGAUAUGACACAUUCCCCUGUGCAUAUUUUCUAAUUGUACUUCAAAUGGCCUGGUUGUUUAUGUAGAUACAUACAAAAUCUGCAGUGUAACCUAAAUAACAAGGUUAUAAUUGAAGGGAUAUUCAAAUAUGUUAUUGUCUUUAACUGGGAACAAUUUGUAUUCCAUAUAAACAUGUAGUGCUUCCACUGCAUCCUCGUUUUCAUGUCAAAAACAAACAUGUAUAUUCAAAUGUUAUACAGUCACCAAGACCAACCAAGACUAAAACUAAAAUGUAGCUAAAUGUUGGAUGUAAAUGAAGUAUAACUAACACAGCGGUUUCUGCAGUGUGGCACGCUCUUGUGAAUCUGAGGGACAAUACCUAGAGUUCCUGUGCGCAACAGAUAUGCUGAUUGACGGUGAAUGUCAUUAGCCUCUGUCGUCAUGGAAAUUAAGUGAGCCUGUGACUCACAUAGCAACAAGCACCUUUAGGCUGGAAGUAUCCUUAUGGAUGUAUAGCUCUGAAUCCUGAUUGGAGUCUGUCUGCAGAUUUAUGGCUUUCGCCAGCUUCUCACAUGCAUACCAAUUACAGAGAGCACAUAGGUUCAGAUAGAGGCUCAUUAACAUAUGAACAGAGGCUGAGACUAAGUUUUCCAAUUCCCUGCAAAUAUGAACUGCUAAAAUAGGGACAUGGGUACAGUGAGGCAAAGAUGGUGAAUUUACAAUGGAAAUCACUAUCAUGGAUUGAUAAUGCUCUGAGAGUGGUAACUAAGUGCUGUUUUAUUGCUUCUACUGUUUGUAUUAGCUUUUCACCACCAUCGGUCAUGACGAAAAAGUGUGGAUAAAGCAAAUAAUGGUAUAUACCACACUUACAUAACUGGUUGUGUGCUUAAUACUUAGAGAUGAAAACUGGAUAGCCUUUUAUACAUAAACAAACACAGCAUGAUGUGAGACUUCAGUAUAUGUAUAUGUUUGUUUCUUUAUUUGUGUCCUUUUAUUUCACUUUUUCAAAUAUAUAUAUAUAUAUAUAUGUAUAAGACCAACAUGGUACAUUUUACAUUACAAUCUAUACCUUGCUUGCUGAGAUUUAAACUUCCUAAACCCUACUUAUACAAUAAUAAAAACAGGGUUGGACCCCCUGGAUCUAAAUAUAGCUUUUAUAAAACCAAAAAUCAAUGAAUACCAAUAAGGACCCGGUCAACCUUCAUUUCUCUUGUGACCUGUGUGAAGGACAUUGAAUCACUAUCAUUUACUUUGAUAUUCAUGCAUUUCUGAGCUCUGUAUUUGAAAUGACAAAGACAAAAGCAUAGUGUUCCAGAAAAAUCUGGAACGAGACGUUUUGUUGUUUGAGUUCAGAAUAUUAUAUAAUAUUUUCACGUGAGUAAUUUGAAAAUGGUAAGGGGAAGGGGUUGUGUCUUGUCUCAGUACACAUUUGUAAUUUAGAUGUCUAGCAGGUCACUCUGAGCUUUACACAAUGAUUAAAGAAGAGAGGAGCAAAGAUUACACCUGGAGGCAAAUAUCUCUGUAGAGGGUUUUGGGAUGAGAAUUAUCAUCUCAUCCGGCCAAACAACUGUGGAAUAACGAAAGGGUCAGACAAAGCCUUUGCAUGGCAGCAUCCACAUAUUAAUGUAUCUUAAAGUUAAAACAUUUAAAAUCAAGUAAUCCUGUAGGAGCCAAAAUGUCCUUCAUCCUGAGUUUAUUACUCGUAUUAUUAUUAUUAUUAUUUGUUUACAUCACUUUCAUUUAUAUUUAUUCAGCACUUCCAGCAAUUCUGGUGAAAUCGGUGUGUUUUUGGUAUUUACUGUAGGCCACCUGUUGCAAGCUGGGGUCGGGAUGACAGAGGCUGAGCUUGCGCUGACAGUUUUUAUGUUGGACGUUUGAUCCUGCCUAAGUUUUCGCUUGUUUUAUUUAGUUAAUUAAACAUCAUCAUUUCAACAUCAGUAUGGACUGUGUUAUUGAAAACGCGUCACAGCCUAAAGCCAAGUCUAGCCUCUUGACGAUUCAAUUUGAUGGGA